CACCUCUCAGCAACCAGCCAAUGGGGUGACUUCUGGGAUUAUAUAUUGGGGAAUUUUUGGAGCGACAGACGGGUCACCCUGAAGUUUGCUCCGUCUCUACAGCAGGUCCUGCCCUAACUCUCAUCAUGCCUUUCGGAAACACCCACAACAACUUCAAGCUGAACUUCUCAGCAGACGAUGAGUUUCCAGACCUCACCAAACAUAACAACCAUAUGGCCAAGGUCCUGACUCUUGACAUCUACAAGAAGCUCAGAGACAAGCAGACACCAAGUGGCUUCACCCUUGAUGAUAUCAUCCAGACCGGAGUUGACAACCCAGGUCACCCUUUCAUCAUGACUGUGGGCUGUGUGGCUGGAGAUGAGGAAUGUUACGAAGUGUUCAAGGAUUUGUUGGACCCAGUCAUUGAGGACCGUCACAAUGGCUACAAGCCCACCGACAAACACAAGACUGACCUUAACUUCAGCAACCUUAAGGGAGGUGACGAUCUUGACCCAAAUUACGUCCUGAGUAGCCGUGUGAGGACUGGACGCAGUAUCAAGGGGUACACUCUGCCCCCUCACUCCAGCCGUGGUGAGCGCCGUGCCAUUGAGAAUCUGUCUAUCAAAGCUCUGAACAGCCUGACAGGAGAAUUCAAGGGCAAGUACUACCCCCUUAAGGACAUGUCCGAUGCUGAGCAGCAGCAGCUGAUUGAUGACCACUUCCUCUUUGAUAAACCAGUCUCUCCACUGCUCCUUGCAGCUGGCAUGGCUCGGGACUGGCCUGAUGCCCGUGGUAUCUGGCAUAAUGAUGACAAGACCUUCUUGGUCUGGGUAAAUGAAGAGGACCAUCUGAGAGUCAUUUCCAUGCAGAAAGGUGGCAACAUGAAGGAAGUCUUCAGACGUUUCUGUGUCGGUCUGCAGAAGAUUGAGGAGAUCUUUAAGGCUGCAGGACACCCCUUCAGCUGGAGCGAGCAUCUUGGUUACAUCCUGACUUGCCCAUCCAACUUGGGUACAGGUCUGAGAGGUGGUGUCCAUGUCAAGCUUCCUAACCUCAGCAAACACCCUAAAUUCGAGGAGGUUCUGACUAGACUGCGUCUACAAAAGAGAGGCACUGGUGGUGUUGACACAGCUGCUGUUGGAGGCACUUUCGACAUUUCCAAUGCUGACAGAUUGGGAUUCUCUGAAGUUGAACAAGUACAAAUGGUGGUAGAUGGUGUGAAGCUGAUGGUUGAGAUGGAAAAGAAGCUGGAGAAGAGUCAGCCCAUCGAUGACUUGAUCCCAUCACAGAAGUAGAGAUCAUAGGAGAGAGACAAAGCAUAACAACACCCCUCAAAGUCACAGCGAGAAAGGGGGAGGGUGAAGAGACCCCAUUAAAAUCAAUAGAGGUUGGAGGACAGGCCAUCUUCAGGAGGGUGAUAUUAGAGAUGGGGGAAGAUGAUCAAUGAAAUGGGGAGAGACGUAGAGAAGCAAUCACCACCAGGGUCAGUAGUAUCCUCCAUUCCAGUCUCUCCGUUUACUGUGCAGGUUUUAUAGAGUUAUAUAUUUAUUAUACAAACACCCAGGUUUCCUUCCCCCAUUUCUUCUGUGACCCCCUGUCAUCAGCGGAAGACAAUAAAAACAGAAUUUGACCUCUGA